CCACCCCAGACUGUAGGGCGGGAGAGCCCGGGGCACCGGGAGCUAAAGAAACCAACUACCAGAUUAUAGGGCUAACGCCGCGGGACCCCGGCGGGGCCAGGGCUCUACCUGGUGCGGGAGGGAUGGCUGCUCCGGUCCCGUACUCUUGACUCCGGUGAGUAGGGGCGAGAAACACAAAGAUUAAAAAAAAAAAAGAAAGAAAAAGGAAAAGCGGGAAUCCUGGGCCGUGGCUAGGCUGGACGCAGGGUCCAGCAGGAGAUGAACUCAGUGCGGGGCAGUCCCGGGCGCCGCACCGGGCUAGCCUUGGCCCCUCUAACCCCGGGUCACCGAGAGCCGGGCACCUGCAUGGAGAGAAGAGGGGAACGAUGAAGAAGAGCUCGGCUCGGACCACGUCCGAGGGCGGCGGCCGGUGCCUUCGGGUCCUUGCCUCUCCAAGCGCGUGAGUGGGAAAAGACCGUGUCAAGCGCCGGCCCUUAAGACCCUAGGAGCCGCAGCAACAACAGAGAGGAGGAGCAGCAAUCUACCCGUCGGAAGUAUGGCGAAAGAAGAGUGCAAAGCGCUCCUGGACGCCUUGAGCAGGGUGACAGCUUGCUACCGGCACAUGGUCCUCAGCGUGGGGGGCACCGCGGACUCGCAGAACCUGCGCGAGGAGCUAAAGCAGACGCGGCAGAAAGCGCACGAUUUGGCUGUGGCCAACAGGAACAAGCUCACCGCGGCCCUGAAGGACAAGAACGUCAGCAAGGAGGACAAGGCAGAGUUCGAGCGCCUCUGGGUGAUUUUCUCUACAUGCCUGGAGAUCUUGGAGACCGAUAUGAAGAGGGCCCUGGAGCUGGGGCUGGAAUUCCCCCUGAACGUGCCCAAGAAGCACCUCAUCCAGACGGGCAUGUCCGGAGGCACCGCGGGCGUGGCUGCACGAGCCAUGAGCGUCCAGAACAUGAAGUAUGAGGCCGACCGCAACAUCGAUGAAGUGGAUCUGAAGGACCUGGAGCAGGAGAUCCACAAGGUGGGAGAGAUGAUGUAUGAGAUGGAGAUGAAAGUGAACGUGCCUCAGUGGACCGUGGAGGCCAAACAGGAUCCCGGGGCAGAGCUCAAAUCCACCACCAGUGCAGGAGCUUCCUCGGGGGGUUUCGUCUCUGUAGAAGAGAGAAAAGGCUUUUGUGACAUUAGCAAACUUCUGGCUGCGAUUGUUUUCAGUGCUGUGCUCAUCAUAGCUGUUAUCUUGGCAGUGUGUGUGGUGAAAUUGUCCUGAUGGAAAUAGGGGACUUAAUCAUAGACUGACUGACGGACACUUCCCCUGGCCCCCAUCAAAACUUCAAUUCCAUUGAAAGACCAAAGUGGUUGGGUUUUUGUGUGUUUUAAUGUAAGGGAUGUGGAUGUCUUCUACAAUGAAUCUGUGUGUGUUGUUUUUUUUUAAGUACACUUAAGACUGGACGAAGCAAUGUUUGCUUUCUGGAUCUGGAAGAGUUAAUUUUGCACAAAUUAUCUGGGUAUUAUAGCUAACGGCUAGAAGAGAUUUACCUGCUAUUAAUAGAGACCUAUCACAACGACCCCAAAUUACCUCUCUUUAAUAGGUUAUUAUGUGCUACUGGUUCAUGUUUACAAAGUGUCUGAAUUUGACACCCCUGUGUAUAAUUUGGGGGAAAAUUACAAUGGGUCGUUUUGUAAAGCAUUUCCUCUUCCUUUUUUUUCUGAAAGAAAUAGUACAUAGCAAAUAAGCAAUUUUUAUCUUAAUCCUUCAGGCCUGACUUUAGGAGAAUAUGCAAAUAGUGAACCGCAGUAAAUGGUGCCUGAUUGAUUGUACUCUGGCCAGGUUUCUCUUUAGUCACAAAAAAAGCCAAACUAGAUGAGUAGAAAAAGUUUUGUUUCCACAGUCUCACAAGAUGGUUCUCCCUUGAAGUACAGAUAACCUAUUCCAGUUGAGUGUGCCCUUUAAUGUAGAUUGGUUAAGCUGCGCAUUAAUAUUGAAGAUCAGAGAAAUAAACCUGUUUCACCUAGGAAGGAGGAAAUGGAAAGUAAUUUUAAUAGACUUUUGGUGGUGAACA